UGACAGCAAACCUUGUCCUACCCGACCCCUGACUAUAAAACCGAAAUUCUUUGAAGCGUUUCUUUUUCCCUCUUCUCCGCCCUUCUUUUUUAUUUUUUAUUUUUUUUAUUACCCUAGUUACCCAUUGCCAUGAAAUUCACCACUUCUGCUAUUCUUGGCCUUGUUGCCAUUGUUGCCUUGACUGAAAAAGCCUCGGCUCAAAAUACUACUACUCCUUGCGCUGCUCAAGAUGUGUUCACGCUUUGCCAGUCAAAUCAAGACACUUAUAUCAAGGGUUGCCAAUUGGAAGAUUUCCAAUGUUUGUGCAGAUGGCACAAAGCCAAGUUGUCGUGCUGGGAUAAUUGUCCCAACGAUGCUGGUCGACAUACUCAGGACGGACUGGUCACCACCUACUGCUCAAUGCCCGGUGCCAAUGUUACAUCCAUCUGGGUUCCACCUAGCUCGACGGCACCACCAGUGAGCCAGCCUACGAGCAGCGGCAAUCCUACCAAACCCACCGACGCAUCCAAUACACCUACGCAAGGAUCUUCCGCCAGUGGAUUGACGUUCGAUCACGGUCUUUUAGGCGCUGCAGGUGCCAUUGCAGCCUACAUGUUGCUCUAAUCGUGCUGCACCCGUCUUUACUUUUCUUUUAUUGAAGAAGAAGAAAAUAUAAGAAAACAGUGUUAUUUUUCCUUUCUUUUCCGAGUAUUUUAUUCUAAUAAGCAGGUUGAUAUAUUCUCAUUUUUUUUUUUCUUAAAACUUGUUGUUUUUCCUCAUCCUUUCUCAAUGUAACAGUGCUAUUUUUAUGUUCAUUUCUCUUUACCCGAUACUAUAUAAAUCAAUGGUUACAAUUCUAUUAAUUUCCAU